UAAACAUCAGCAAUAAUUUAUAAACAUUUCCCACUAAGUUAUAUCUGUUCCUUCCCACCCUUUUUCUCUCUCCAUGAUCUUUUUCUGCUAGCUACAAGACUGAGAGAAAGGGAGAGAAGAAAAACAAAAGUAGACAUUACGGGAGAAGAAGAAGAAGAAGAAGUACAAACAAGAUAUGCCAUUAUCUAUCCAUUCCAUAUUAUCGAUCUUCUAAUUGCUUGAAUAACAAGUCUAGUUUAAUUGGAAGUUUUUAGAUGCAUUAAUGGCGUAUCAACAUUAUCGAUCACCAUUUGGGGACACAACUUACACAAAAGUUUUCGUUGGCGGAUUAGCAUGGGAGACUCCAACGGAUGUAAUGCGCCGGUAUUUCGAGCAAUUUGGAGAGAUUCUUGAAGCUGUCAUUAUCACUGAUAAAAACACCGGCAAAUCUAAAGGAUAUGGCUUCGUAACUUAUCGUGAUCCGGAAUCUGCUAGACGGGCUUGUGAUAACCCGAAUCCGGUAAUUGAUGGAAGAAGAGCUAACUGUAACAUCGCUUCUCUUGGACGGCCUCGUCCUUCACCACCUCGAGGUAGGGGACAAGGAGGGAAUCCUUAUCAAGGAGGGGGAAUUCCACAAGGAGCAUCAUCAUCAUCUUAUAGUGGGGUGGCAGGAGCAGCAGCAGCACCAUUGCCAUUACAUCCACCUGCUGCAACUCCUAUGAUAUAUUCACCAUAUGGGUAUGCAACUUACCCUCCUGAUUAUUACCAUCAAGCCGCGGGGAUGUACAAUCCAGGGACGUACCAGCAAGCAGCAGCAGCGCAUUAUUAUCAGCAAAUGUAUGGAAGUUCAUCAUCACCAUCUCCUGCAUAUUAUUAUGGAUAUUCGAUGCAGGGAUCAAGGGGAACAUUUUCUGCAGCUACUGGACAUCAUCAUCAACGCUUUCAAGGCCCAACUGCUUCUUAUCUUUAUUAUCCUACUACUACUACUGCUGCUGCUACUGCUCAUCACUUGCCAGCUGAUGCUGCCUCUUUUACUCCGCCGCCUCCGCCUCUACUCCAACACCCUCCUCCUCCUCAUGCUGCACCUACAAGGCUUCAAUUUCCUUCUCCUACUACUGAAUCUCAAAUUCCACAGCAAACCACAGCUGAAACAACAGAAGUUGGGGCAGUGACUACUGAGAGUCCAAAUACAUAAAAAAGAGAGUACAAUCAAGCUCAUCAUCAUCAAAGCAUAUUUAUGAAGUCAUCAAGCAUGGUGGAAAUAAAAUUAAAAAAAACUGUACAAUCUUUAACAAAACAAAAAAAAAAAAGAAUUAACGAGACUUUACUCUAUUUUCAAAAAAGUCUAUCCAUUAAUUUUUCUUAAUUUGGUCCAUGCAUCCCACAAGGCAAAAUUGAUUUCAACAACAAGAAGAAAUGGCUGAUUGGACUACUCAGAGAUAUUAUUACAUGGCCAAUUCAUCUUUUAUUUAUUUCUUUAAUUUUCAAUUGUUGUUCAUUUAUUUAUUUUUCAUUUUUACUAAACAUGGAUCGAUCCUUUUUAUUACUGUACCAACAGUAGGACGGAAAUAUUAAGCUCUCAAUAACGAAUUUAUGACAUAUUUACCCCCUUUUUU